AUGAACAGCAUUGAAUUUCAAAACUGCUUCAUCUUAAUCCUCCUAUGCCUUUUCUCACUCCUCUGUAUCUUCCUCUUCUUCUUCAAGAAACCAAAAGAUUGCUCUGAAUUGCCUCCGAGCCCUCCUUCUAUGCCGAUCAUUGGUCAUCUCCACCUUCUCUUAUCUUCGCUAAUCCACAAGUCUCUUCAGAGAAUCUCCUCCAAGUACGGACCUCUUCUCCAUCUCCGCAUCUUCAAUGUCCCUAUAGUUCUCGUAUCUUCUGCCUCAAUGGCCCACGAAAUCUUCAAGACCCAUGAUGUGAACAUCUCCUCUCGUGGCCUCACACCGAUCGACGAGUCCCUCUUUUUCGGAUCUUCCGGCUUCUUCUCCGCUCCACAUGGGGAUUACUGGAAGUUCAUGAAGAAGCUCGUCGUCUCCAAGCUGCUUGGACCACAAGCAAUCCAGCAGUCAAGAUCCCUCCGUGCAGAGGAGCUAGAGCGAUUUUACUUUGACCUGCUCGAUAAAGCGGUGAAGAAGGAGAGCGUUGAGAUCCGUAAAGAAGCGAUGAAGUUCACUAACAACAGCACAUGCAAGAUGGUAAUUGGGAGGAGUUGUUGGGAGGAGAAUGGUGAGGCUGAGAGAGUCAGGGUGUUGAUUACAGAAUCUAUUGCCUUGUCCAAGAAGGUUUUAUUUGCAACCUUGUUGCGCAAGCCGCUUGAGAAGUUCGGAAUCUCAUUGUUUAAAAAGGAGAUAAUGGGUAUUUCGGACAGAUACGACGAGGUUCUAGAGAGGUUUCUUGUGGAACACGAAGAGAAACUAGAGAAGCAGCAUCAUCAUCAUCAAGGUGUGGAUUUGAUGGACGUAUUGUUGGAAGCCAAAGGAGAUGAAAAGGCAGAGUAUAAGAUCACUAGGGAUAACAUCAAGUCCUUGUACGUGGAGCUUUUCCUUGGAGGCACUGACACAUCAAAGCAAACGAUACAGUGGACAAUGGCUGAAAUCAUUAACAGCCCUAAAACUAUUGUCAGAUUAAGAGAAGAGAUGGAUUCAGUGGUAGGGAAAUCAAGUUUGAUUCAAGAAACAGAUCUACCAAACCUCCCUUACCUGCAGGCGGUGGUCAAAGAAGGUCUACGACUGUAUCCACCAGUCCCUAUAUUCGGAAGGAGGUUGCAAGAAGGAUGUAAGAUGGGAGGCUUUUACGUGUCGGAGAAGACAACAAUAGUAGUUAAUGGUUAUGCUGUAAUGAGAGAUCCAACUUAUUGGGAAGAACCUAAUGAGUUUAAGCCAGAGAGGUUUCUGGAUUCUUCAAGAAGAUUAGGGCAAGAAGAGGAGAUAAGAGAGCAAGUACUUAAGUACUUGUCUUUCGGGAGCGGAAGGAGAGGUUGUCCAGGAUCAAAUCUAGCUUAUAUCUUUCUAGGAACCGCGAUUGGAAUGAUGAUUCAGUGCUUUGAUUGGAGAAUCAAAGGAGAUAAGGUUAACAUGGAAGAGACUCUUUCAGGAAUGGUCUUGACAAUGGCAUACCCACUCAAGUGCACUCCUGUUCCUCGAAUCAGUAGAUUCCCAAUGAGUUACUGA